AUGGCCGGUCCACGUCACCCGAAUCGAGCUCGCUCAUGGAACUUUGCAAUGGAAGAGUUGAGCGAAGAGGCUCGAAUUAUUUCCGAGAAUCUGGAAUUCUAUGCUCUCAAGGAACGCACAAAUGAAGCAGUACCAUCGCCACGUCCACAGAAAAUUCAGCUCCCGCCGAUACAGAAGGGCAAUUUGGACUUCAUGCCAUUUUCGAAAGAGAAGGAGGCUGUUCUCUCUCGAACACGUCCGUCAUGGUUGCCACCAAAAGACCCUCGCGAAGAACAGAAACAUCUUAAGCAAUAUCAGCAGAUGAUGGCUGCUUCGCUUGAAGCCGAGAAGAAGAAACAAAGUCAGGCGCAGAUAGAGUGUGGACAGUCUGAUACAGAUCGGGAGGCUCUGGCGCGAAUCUGGGCAUAUUACUGUGACGAAGAAACGAAUCUGAACGAAAUCGACCACGUGCUCCGAGGCAAAGUCUGGAAACGCAGCAUCGGCAAUCAGCUCGGCUUGACUGCCAAGAGCUACGAGAAAGCCCUGGAACGGGCAAAGCAGAUUGAAAGCACAGCCGAGAAGACCAUGAGCGAUAGCGAGCGAGCUUCGUAUCGUUGUUUUCGGGACAUUGAACGGGAUGCGGAGACCGCCUUUCCCGAGCUUCACAUGUUUCAGCAGAAAGGGCCGAUGUGGCAGGAUCUGGUCAAUGUCUGCAAGGCAUAUGCCUGCUAUCGCAGCGACAUCGGCUAUGUCUAUGGCCUGCAGCUUGUCGCCGCCUUGCUCCUGCUUCAGCUUCCAACUGCUGCCGAUGCAUUCGUCGUCCUUGCCAAUGCAUUGCAGCGGAACCUGCCCCUUUCUUUCCUGAGCGGUGACCUCGCUGCCACUGCCAGGACCUUCAGCCACGCCGUCUCAAUGCUGGCAAUCAAGUUUUCUCGCCUGCACGAAUACCUGUUCGGCUCAAUGGAGCAGGGCGGCCUCGGUCUCUCGCCCGAGCAAGUCUUCGAACCGAUGUUUCGAACACUCUUCACGAAUGGACUCGACGUCGACCGCCUCUGCCGUGUCUGGGACAUCUGGGCAUUUGAAGGCGACAAGGUUCUCGUACACACUGCUGUGGCGCUUCUGGGGGCCCUGCAGCCUCAGCUGUUCGAGAUUAGCGGGAACGUCGAUCUGCGCAGACGCAACAUUCAGGAGAUGUUGGCGUGGGGACCCUUCAAUCGGACCAGGCCGGGGGAGUACUGGGACCUUGCGCAUAUUGCUGAGCAGAGCUUUGUUGAGGAGGUGCAGAUUGCGGGAAAGCUGGACUAUCGUGGGAAAUAA